AACUGACUCUUCAAAUUUAGGACACCCAGAUCCAUUUGGACGAUGCUCUCAGGACCCAGGAUGACCUGAAGGAGCAGGUGGCCAUGGUGGAGCGCAGAGCAAACCUGCUGCAGGCUGAAGUUGAGGAGCUACGGGCAGCCCUGGAGCAGACGGAGCGGUCGAGGAAAGUGGCUGAGCAGGAACUGAUGGAUGCCAGUGAACGUGUGCAGCUCCUCCAUACCCAGAACACCAGCCUUUCUAAUACAAAGAAGAAGCUUGAAACUGAUAUGGCACAAAUCCAAAGAGAGAUAGAGGAUGUUACUAAUGAAUCAAAAAGUGCUGAAGAAAGAGCAAAGAAGGCAAUGACAGAUGCGGCUAUGAUGGCAGAAAAGCUGAAGAAGGAGCAGGACACCAGUGCCCACCUGGAGAGGAUGAAGAGGAACCUGGACCAGACGGUGAAGGACCUGCAGCACCGUGUGGAUGAGGCCGAGCAGUUGGCCCUGAAGGGAGGCAAGAAGCAAAUCCAGAAGCUGGAGAUCAGGAUCCAAGAAUUAGAAGCUGAGCUGGAAGAAGAACAUAAACAAUCUGCAGAGGCUAGGAAAAACAUCUGCAAAUAUGAGUGGCAUGUCAAAGAGCUCACGCUCCAGAAUGAAGAACACAGGAAGAACAUGAUGGUGUUACAAGAUCUGGUAGAUAAACUGCAGAUGAAAAUCAAAUCCUACAAAAGACAAGCUGAGGAAGCUGAUGAACAGGCCAAUAUUAAUCUCUCCAAAUUGAGAAAAGCACAACAUAAGAUAGAUGAGGCUGAGGAAAGGGUAGCUAUUGCUGAGAGCCAAGUAAACAAGCUCAGAGCCAAAGCCCGAGAAGGCCCUGCUACAAAGGUGGUGUUAGGAACUGAAAAAUGAACUUCCUCUGGGAUAACCAGAACUUCCACAAAGUAUCUUUCCAGCUGUGGAUUUGCAGUAGCUAGAGCUACACUCAUAGGAAGUAAUCUUCUAUUUGUUUGUGAACACAAACAUUUUCUGCCACUGCUGCUGUACCAGUGUCAAUAAAAUAGAUACCUGCAACUUCAGAUGCUCCAAAUGUGGAUGUUCAAAUGAGAGUCAUUUUGUUGCUAAGCUUAGCAUAGUCAAAACUGUGUGUUCGAGUCUUACUGCUACCAUGAUCAGUUUGACCAAUUUUAUCCUGAAUUUAAAACCUAGAUGUUUGACAGGUUUCCUCCUCACCUUCUGUUUGAAAGCAGGUAUCCUGACCUUGUUAAAUGAAGCUGAAAAUAAAGUACUGUACAAACAGAUGUGGUAUAUCAAACAUGCAAUGUGAACAAAAUUACAGUGCUCGUGCUUAGUUACACUGCUGUACUUCUGCA